UUUAUGCCUGAUCAAUAAAAGGUAGAUUAGUUCAGAAUCUGAGCAGUUACGAAGAGAACUCAUUAAGCAGCAUUGCUUUACCAAGAUGACUGCCUGUGGACAGCACUGAGUUUGAAUUGUGCAGCUAAGGGAUAAAAACAUAUGAAAAUAAAGUCACUCAGAACCUUGAGAAUCCAUGAGGACAUAAAAGAGAGUGCGUAAAACUAACUCAUUUGGAGCCAAGACUUGCAGCAGGAUCAUACAAAGACUGAGAUGGAUGUAAUGAUGUGGAAACGCUGACCCCCUUUUUGAAUUAUCAGACUUUUGAGUCGACCAGUCGAGGAAUGGGGAGACGAGCAGCUGACCUGACGACUUCGGUUCCGGUUUUAGGAGUCCCUGCCUUGGUUGGCGUGCGUGGUUGGAAGGCAACAGGAGGAGACAGAUCCGGAGGAGCCCUGUGGGGACUUCAGUGCAGUGUUGGUGUUCAGACAUCCCCUGCGAUAAGUAGACCUCCUACCCAGCUAACUGAUACACUCUCAGAUAACAUUAGUCAAACAUCCAACAGCUAUAUUACCAAGGAAACGGAAGACAAGGAGAUACUACUAACAAAGAGUGACAAGGAGAAAAAGGCUAUUCUAAAACAGAAAAGUGGCGAAUCCAAGACCAAAAAGGAAGUGACUUUCAAAGCACUUGGAGGUGAGGCCUCAAAGGAUGUGGCCUGCUGUCAGAGGAACAGUAGAGGGACUUAUUGCUAUACCAGGGCAAUCAAGACAAAUCCACACAUUGCAGGGAAUGCCAGGUCUAAUUGUAAAUCUGGUAACCGUUACACUAAUGGCAGUGUGGUUGACUCAGAGGCAAUCGGUGGGAUUACCGUACACAAUGAUGAGGCCGAGCCUGUAAAGGGAGCAACCUGUCGUGGAGGAGACCGGACCAGAUUGCAAGGUCAUUAUACAGAUUUGUGUAGGAAGACGCUGCCAUUAUCUGCUGCCCGACCUUUUGGUAUGCCUCAAAAAAUAUGCAACCACUGUGGAGGGAGACAGUCUGUAACCAACAAAGCUGUUAUUAUAGGGGAGAAAAUUCCUACUCCCAAUGCUUUCCUUAGAGGGAACUCUUUAAACUCAUCCUUCACCUCACUCUCGACCUCUACGCCUUUCCAAAUAUCCCACACUGAAAAAAACCCUACGGCAAACCAACAACUCUCCAACAGCAUUAAUAAUACUGACAACAGGACCCAAAUUACAGUCAAUCCACAAUUAUUAUACGUUAAUGAGGAACUAAGGUAUCGAAAAACACCACACCCUGCAUGCCCGGUCCACUCUAUAGGCAAUCAAGUCACUUUGUCAAAUAUAAAUCCUGCCAGAAGUGAAACAUCAAUCCAACCUACAACCGUCCUACAUGCUAAAACCAUCACUAUCACAAAAGCAACAAUAGAAACCAGACAGGAUGUUUCCAGUGAAAAAUUUGGUGCUAAACCUCCACAGGACCAUAAGCUCUCUCGUCCAACAACUCUCCCUUUGACCCCCAAGUUGGCCAUAGCUACCAAGGCCAACAACCCACAUUCGCACACUUACCCCAAGCGCAUUAAGACAACACAACACAUUUCUACACAAUACAAUGAAUCUCAAAAUGUAUGUGUGUCUAUACAUGCUGCACCUGAGAUUACACUGUCACCACCUUCGCAUUUCUAUACUGUAGCCACAGGGACUGGAAAUACAUCCAGUACCAACACACUCAUAUCAACCACAGUUUUUAAUUCUGCACCAACGUCCACUGAAAGCAUAGCUGCUAAAGUCAAUACUCAGCACAAGCCUCUACACUCCAAGCAUGCGGGUCAAAUAAAUACAACUAAUAACCAACAAAUUAGCCCUAAAUGCCCCACAUUAUCACUGGCCAGCAAUGCAUUCAACCAAAUGCAUAAAUCAAAGUCACCUGCACACGUUUUACCCUCAGGUCCACCGCAUGCUCUGCUUGAACAUCAUAAACUACAAGAAAAGGCAUCCACAGUAGCUGCUAGCACAUCUUUAGCUAAAAUACCUUUUACUGACAGAGGAAUAAGCUCAACUGGAAUUCAAGCUUUUGCUAAUCCACAGCAUCCAGCUAUACCGCAUCUAUAUUUGAGCAUUUUAAAUUAUAAAACUAAUUCAGAUCAAAUUGCAUGUGAUGAUAAGUCUGUGCCUGCACAAAUAAUUCACCCUAACUCUUCAAAUUCUGAACCUCUGCUUCACGCUUGUACAUCUUUCCUAGACACAACAUCUAGUGCAUCCAAUCUCCUAGACUCGGAAGUUAAGGUGCCUGUGAGUACUACUUCCAGCUCUAGACUUGGAUUUAACAGCACCCUGAACAAAAAUAUAGCUCUCAGGAACACAGCAUUCAAUUCGAAAAAAUCUGCAACCCCAGCUGGCACGCAUUUGUUUGCCUUGACAGAGAAACAAAAUAAUGUCUCUGUAUCAAGUGCAAAUUUGCUUCAAUCAAUAGGCACAGCACAGGUAGUUAGCUGUAAUGAAGCCCCCGACAAAAGCAAACCUCAAUGCACACUAGGACCAGACAUCAGAACUCAAAGCAGUAACAAACCUGGUAAAUGUGGUGUUGUUUGUCAUCAGGAAAGCAACCUAGCACUUCCGCAUGCAUUAUCUAAGCCUCAAAUUGUGCCAAAAGAUCAUAACAGGGGCAGUGAUGCUAGCACUAAUCACCCUAAAUCAACCAAUAAACCCAGCGAGGAGUUGCAUUCUGAUAAAAGUAACUUCAGUGCUAAUCUAACCAAUGAAUUAAUUGUGCAUGAGUCAAAAGACCAUGAAAAUUCAAAUCCAUCGCAGGUCGCAAACCUCCAGAAUUACAUUUCCCUAAUUAAGUCAAACAGCUCUUGUCUGCAGGGUUUCAUAAAAACGGAACAACAAAAGCCUGCACAUAAUCAAGGAUGUGCAGAAACCGAACAUGAGGGACACUGUGCAACAUGCCCACCGGUAACAACAGCCCAGCAAAAGAAUUCAAAUGCAGAACGGUUUGCCUUGGGUGUAUCAGCCAGUCAUGCAAAUGUUAAGCUUAAAACUGACGUAGUUAAAGAGACACAUCCCAUCAACUCAACACCCUCUAUAACAGUGCAAACAAACUGUGGACCCAUCACCUCAACUAGAAAUGUCAAACCCAUCAUCAAAUCCUCAGUCCAGCAAAACUCUGACACAUUAUUACCGCCACAAACACUCACACGUACCGAGCGUUCUUUCACUGCGCCAGCCCCAUGCAGCAGUGAGAGAGAACCCCGUAUGCACACAGGCCUUGAUUGCAAUUCCAUAUUGCUAUCAUCAACAAAGCCCUUGGCAUCCUAUCUCCGCCUCCAGUCUAAGAAAGUGGAGGCAAUUGACAACCCCGCUCCUCCUCAGCCAUGCCCAGAGGACACCAGCCUGGCUCACUCCCACCCAGCUGAUGCAGCCCUGCUGCUGCCAUCUUCCCCACAGUGCUGCAAAUCAGCAGCCUUACAGCAGAGACUCGAGACUGUGGAGGCCAGCCUGGCAGCCAACAAGGACAGGAUCACUACUCUGCUUAACAUUAUCCAUGACCUAGAGACAUGGCACGCUCCAACCAGUGGUCGGCGAUCCCACAAAACAGGACAGGACUUCAAAGACUGCUCAACGUGUCAGAAAACUGCUUGUGUUGUAUACAGUGUAGAGUAUGACUUCAGGCAGCAGGAAAGACGCUUCUUGGAGGUUCUGAAUCGUUCAACUGCGCACCUAUCCCAGCCUUUAACCUUCAGCCUGCUCCAAAAUGUCGUCAUUAAGAACUUAACAAAGACAAAGCUGAAAAGCAAAAAGCUGUGCAAGACUCUGUUCAAAUGGCUUCCAAGAAAAACUCACAAAGUCUAGAACUCUUUUCAGUACCUGUGUGCAAUUUAAUAGCCAUUAUCCUGUGUUACAAGUGACCAGCAGAAGCCUUUUGCAGAGAACUCUUACUAUUCCCUUUCUUCCUGUGGAAUGAGAUUGCUUUGAAUUAUGUUCUUCCCAAGUAAAGUUCCACUCUUCUGCACACUGUCAAAGCCUAUAUGAAGGAUUUUCUCAAAUUUGAACCUGAUCUUUGUGACCUUCAACUAGUACCAUCCAUAAGAAAUGUAUUUUCACUUUUUCUCAAGUUAAAUAUGUUUUCUUGUCAAUAUGCUUGCAUUAAAAUGUAGAUUUCUGUAUCUAAUUUUGUACAUGAGAUUCUGUUCUGUUUGCACUGUUAUAAUUAAAGCAUUUGAUUCUAUA